UGAUAGCCCUUAUUAACAAUAUCUGGCGCGAAAUAUUCGUAUCAGCAAAAACAUACUUCGUAGAUCAUAGAAAGUAUUAAUUAUAAAUUAUUUUUUUAUUUUAUUUACUCUAUUUUAUAUCUUUUGUAUAACCGAAAAUUCUAAUAAUAUAAAAAUAAGUUUCUAAAUUUUUUAACUACAUAAACAUGGAUUCAAAAGAUGAAUCGUAUUUCAAGACAAAAUAUUAUCAGUAUAAAAUUCGUAUUAAAAAGUGGGAAAGUAAUUUUAUAAAUAAAUAUGGACGUAAACCAAAUAAAAAUGACAUAAAAGCAGCAGAUAGUACUAUCCGUGAGGCUUAUAAAAUUUACUGGGAAUUCAAAAUUAAAACAGAGAAUAGGUCGCAGGAAGCUACUACUACUUAUCAUAAUAUAAAAGAAAGUACUCCAGUUGAAAAAAGUCAUUUUGAUUUAGUUUUGAGUAAAGAAAAUCAAGUUUAUCAUAGUACAGAGCUAUCACCUAUUCUCAAUUCUAUUGACCCAGAAAAUACUUUUUCAUCGAAUAUCUAUACAUCUGAUGUAGAAAGUUAUACGCCUUUUUUUGAAAAUAAAAGUAACAGCAAACAAGCAUGGGAUCAUCAUUUAAAUACAGAAAAAAACAAUCGUAAAGAAAAUGAAUCUAAAUUUGCAAGUAACUCAUCUUUUCAACUAUCACAAGAAAGGUUCAAAUCACUUAAUCUUUUAAAACGUAAUCCUAGAAAGUUAGCUAUUCAUUCAAAAUUAGAUGACAAUACAGAAAAUUCUAACAAGAAUUUCAAGGAAAUAAAUCUUUACAGUAAAAAUAGCGAUGAAAGUAUAAAAACUGAUACUUUUAAAAUAGCAGAAUGGACAAAACCGAAUUUAAAGGUAAUUUCUCUGAGAAGUAAUGUAACCUCCAAAUCAAGUAAUACUUUGCAGCAGUUAAUACUUAGAUCUUCAAAUGAUUCACCAACAAAUAAUAGGUUAUUAAGUAAAAGUUGGUUAGAUAGAUGUACUGAACCUAGUAUUGAUAAAAGUUUGGCUACAAAACUAGAAGAACCAAAGGAAGAGGAUAGCUGUAUGCUGUAUAGUUCAACAAAUUCUGAUGACGAUUAUGUUUUUAAUAGUGAUUCCAAAGAUCACAGUAAUAAACGUGUGAGAAAUCACAACAAUCUCUUUGGUGAUGAAUAUGUCCAAAAUGUGAAAAAAAUAUGUUGUGAAAAUAAUUUAUGUAGUUCUAAUGAUAUGAAAAAUUUGGGGAAAAAAUUGCAUGAUUCACAUGAAUAUAAUAAAUUUAUAACAGAUUCUUAUAAUUUUAUAAAAGUGACAGAUUAUACCAUUGAUACAAAUAUUAUUAAAACUAAUAACAAAGUGAAUGAAAAUAUUACAUUUAAUGAUAGUCAAUAUACAUCUGAAAAUUCAUCUACUGUAUCCAUGACAGAAAUUAUUGGUUCAAACCAAUUUCAGUUUGACAGGAAAAGUAGAAUAGACAGUAAGAAACUGUUAAAUAUAAAUAAUACUAAUAGUAAAGAAUAUUCAGAUACUUUUCCACAGAUGCCUAUAACAGAUAUUUCUGAAGUCAUUAAACCAUCGAUUACUUUAACUAAGAGUAAUCAGAUGAUUGAAGAUACAUUAAUAAGAAAUAAUAGCGCUAAAGAAUUGAAUAGAAAUUUUCUUAGAAUCAACUUAAAAAAAAAAGUUUUUGUUCGAGGAAAAAAAUCCUUUAAUUUCUCUACCUACAAAAAAACACAAUGGAAAAAAAAAAAAGAAAAGACCGAUAUUAAUGCUGGCAAUUUAGAUUUCUUAGAUUCGAUUGAUAAAAAUAAUACAUUUUUAUGUUUCAAAUGUGGAAAAAUGGGUCACUUAGCAAGACGAUGUAAAAAUUCAAAAGAUUCUGGUCUGGCAAUUGAUGAUCAUGAGGAAAUGCCUGAUAUAUCACAAUUACGGGACGUUACAGAUACAACAAAACUGACUGGUACUACAGAAAGUAAAUUUAGCAUCAAUGAAAUGCUUGAUAACUAUGAAUUACCUGAAGCAUGCAAGGAAAAAAAAAUUAUCUCAAGAAAUCAAGGAAUAAGUCCGUUAUACAGUCUUAAUAGAAAUGGUUCUAUAAUAGAUGCUCCUUCUGAAGUUUUGACAGCUUUGGCAAAAUUCGGUCAUAAGCAGUUUCGCGAUGGUCAAGAAAUAUCUAUCAUGAGAACUUUAUCAGGAUUACCUACUCUUGUAACCUUAACUACAGGAUCUGGAAAAUCUUUGUGUUAUCAGUUACCUGCAUAUUUGUAUGCUCAAAGAUCAAAGUGUAUCACGUUGGUUAUUUCCCCUUUAGUAUCACUGAUGGAUGACCAAAUAUCUAAAAUGCCAGAUUUUUUACCGGCUGCUUGUUUACAUACUAACCAAAGCCCAAUGUUACAUGCAAAUAUAUUAAAUGAUUUAAAAGCAGGAAAAAUAACAAUUUUAUUGGUUUCCCCAGAAGCAUUAGCAGCUUGUGAUACGUCUAAAAGUUAUGUUACUAUUUUUCGUCAUUUGCCCCCUAUUGCUUUUGCUUGUAUUGAUGAAGCACACUGCAUUUCCCAAUGGUCACAUAAUUUUCGACCAUCGUACUUAAUGCUUUGUAAAAUAUUGAGAGAACAUUUAAAUGUUAAAAAUAUUCUUGCAUUAACUGCUACUGCGAGUAAAUAUACAGUAUCUAGCAUAAUUGAUUUGUUGCAAAUAAAGGACGAAAAAACAGGUGUGAUAUCAGAUAAGCCAUUACCGUCAAACUUAAAUUUAACUAUAUCUCAUGAUAAAAAGAAAGAAGAUGCUCUAAUCAGUCUCUUACAAAGUGAACGAUUCAUUCAGUACAAUUCAAUUAUAAUUUAUUGCACUCGACGUGAAGAAUGUUCUAGAAUAGCAGGAUUAUUACGUAUUUGUUUAAAAGAUGAAAAUUUUAAAUUGAAUCAUUCAAAAAGAAAUGAAAAAAAUAUAUCUGCAAUAGCAGAAGCUUAUCAUGCAGGGCUAUCUGCUCAUCGACGCAAGUCUGUAUACACUGCAUUCAUGAAAUCUAAGAUACGGAUAAUCGUUGCUACUGUAGCUUUUGGAAUGGGCAUUAAUAAACCAGAUAUACGUUCUGUUAUACAUUAUAAUAUGCCAUCUAAUUUUGAGAGCUAUGUACAAGAAAUUGGACGAGCUGGUAGGGAUGGCUCCCCAGCUCAUUGUCAUUUGUUUUUAAAUGCACAGGAAAACUCGGAUGAAUGUGAAUUACGUCGUCAUAUCAAUGCUGAUGGAAUAGACAGACGUACAAUAAGACAUCUACUUAAAAAAAUAUUCAUACCCUGUAACUGCAAGAAUUUAAGCAAAGCAGAUACAAAGUCACGUUGUCAAGGACAUGAAGUCGCUUUUUCUGUUGAAGAUACCGUUACUUCUCUCGACAUCAAACAAGAAACAAUCGCAACACUGCUAUGCUACCUUGAACUAUAUUUUCAAUGCUUCGUAAAAUUACUCCCGACUACUUACAUUAAUGCUAGGAUCCACAGUUACGAUGGACUUAAAGAUCUUAUUUCAACAGUAGUAUCUUCUCCACCUCUUGAAAUGGCUAUUACUUUGUUGACGGAAAAAGGAAUUUAUCAAGAUAGUCUGUCUACUAUAGAAUUUCCAGUAAUUCAUAUCUCAUCAUUAAUUGGUUUAGACAGUGGAUUCUUAAAAAAUCAAUUAAAAAGAUUAGAAUGGAAAAAAGGUAAAA